ACAACUUUGUACGUCCAAAGCAAGAACCGGCCUUUGGCGCCCUCUAUUGGUCGCGUCUGGGACAUGAGAACAUAAUGUCUCCUCGUCAGAAUGGAUGGACAUUGGCGCACAAACACUACGUCCUGGCCUGACUUCAUUUAACAAACUUCCUCUGCUGUCACCUCCAGAGCCCGACGCUUCAGGUGACGCACCUUGACAGAGAAACCCGGCUUUGUGGUUCUAAGCACGGCUCUGAGGGAACUUGUUUUCAAAACGUUGCUUUCGUUCUGAACAACUGGAUGCUACGCAGCUAGCGGCUCUUUAGCACCUUGAGCAGCCUUCACGGAGGACAGCGGGAUUUCUGAGGAUGCCGAGUUACCUCACUGACUAAGCGCGGAGGCAGGAUGAGGAGCCGCAGUAACUCAGGAGUGAGGCUGGACGGGUAUGCCAGGCUGGUCCAAGAAACCAUCCUGUGUCACCAGAACCCAGUGACCGGCCUCCUUCCCGCCAGUAUCCAGAAGAAGGACGCCUGGGUGAGGGACAAUGUGUACAGCAUUAUGGCCGUGUGGGGGCUGGGCAUGGCGUACCGCAAGAACGCCGAUCGGGACGAAGAUAAAGCCAAAGCCUACGAACUGGAGCAGAGUGUAGUGAAACUGAUGCAGGGGCUCCUUCGGUGCAUGAUGAGACAGGUCGAUAAGGUGGAGAAGUUCAAGCUGACCCAGAGCACAAAGGACUGCUUGCACGCCAAAUAUGACACUCCCACCUGCGCUACUGUAGUCGGUGAUGAUGAGUGGGGUCAUCUCCAGGUGGACGCUACCUCCAUUUACCUGCUGAUGCUGGCUCAGAUGACAGCCUCAGGUCUGCGAAUCAUUUCAAACCUCGAUGAGGUAGUCUUUAUCCAGAACUUAGUGUUCUACAUAGAGGCAGCCUACAAAGUGGCGGAUUAUGGGAUGUGGGAACGAGGUGACAAGACCAACCAGGGCAUCCCGGAGCUCAACGGCAGCUCUGUAGGAAUGGCAAAGGCUGCUCUGGAGGCCAUAGAUGAACUGGAUCUGUUCGGUGCUCACGGCGGGCCGAAGUCAGUCAUUCAUGUUUUGCCUGAUGAAGUGGAGCACUGUCAGGCCAUCCUCUGCUCCAUGCUUCCAAGAGCCUCCACGUCCAAAGAGAUAGAUGCCGGUCUUCUGUCUGUCAUUUCUUUCCCCGCGUUCGCAGUGGAGGACGCCGACCUGGUGGCCAUCACCAAGUCAGAAAUCAUAAGCAAGCUACAGGGUCGCUAUGGUUGCUGUCGCUUUAUUAGAGAUGGAUAUCACUGUCCUAAAGAGGAUCCCACUCGACUGCACUAUGACCCCGCAGAGCUCAAGCUGUUUGAGAACAUUGAGUGUGAGUGGCCUGUGUUCUGGAAUUACCUCAUCCUCGAUGGCAUCUUCUUUGGAGAUCAAGUGCAGGUUCAGGAGUACCGUGAGGCGCUGGAAGGCGUUUUGCUCCGAGGGAAGAACGGCAUCAAAAUAGUGCCUGAGCUUUACGCUGUGCCUCUUGAUAAGAUAGAGGAGGAGUACAGCAAUCCUCACUCUGUGGACAGAGUGCCUAUGGGGCAGCUGCCUCACAUGUGGGGGCAGUCACUCUAUAUCUUGGGUUGCCUCCUUGCUGAGGGUUUCUUAGCUCCAGGAGAAAUCGAUCCUCUUAACAGGAGAUUCUCCACAAGUUUCAAGCCAGAUGUGGUUGUUCAAGUUUGUGUUUUAGCAGAAACGGAAGAAAUUCAGGAGCUUCUGCGCGAUCUUGGGAUUACAGUCCAGACAAUAUCAGAAGUUCUGCCAAUCAGGGUCAUGCCUGCUCGCAUCCUGAGCCACGUUUAUGUCAAACUUGGAAACAGCAAGAAACUGAAGUUGAGUGGAAGGCCUUACAGACACAUCGGAGUCCUGGGAACAUCCAAGUUCUAUGAGAUCAGGAACCGCUCCUACAUAUUCACCCCCCAGUUUCUGGAUCAGCAUCACUUCUAUCUGGCGCUGGACAACCAGAUGAUUGUAGAGAUGUUACGGACAGAGCUGGCUUACCUCUCAUCCUGCUGGAGGAUGACAGGACGGCCAACGCUGACGUUUCCCAUCACCCGCAGCAUGCUUGUUGACGAUGGAGAUGCAAUUGACCCGUGUAUCAUAGCAACACUCAGAAAACUGGAGGAUGGCUAUUUCGCUGGAGCAAGGGUCCAGAUGUCUGACCUCUCCAGUGUCCAGACCACGUCGUUCCGCACACGCCUCACUUUCCUGGACGAGGAGAGUGACGAAAGCUGUUUUGAGGAAAAUGAAGAGGAGGAUGAUGAGGGUUCCACGGACGGGUUUGACCAGUACCUGAUGCAGCUCCUCCAGAGCACCACCGCUCAGUCCCACCUUCCUCCCAUUCAGAGAGGACUGCAGCACAUCUUCAGUGCCGAGCACACCACCAAGGACAUUCUGUCGUUUAUGGCUCAGGUUCAGGGUCUGAAUGAAAUCAAGUCUUCCUUAUAUCUACCCAUGACUCCAGUCAUGGCGAAGCACCGCAGAUCCCUCAACCUCCUUGAAGUUCCUCAUCUUCCGCCUGGUUUGCAUGCAAAUCCGAGCAAGCUUCACAGUAUCGCAGAGCUGCAGCUUCCUCGAGACUCUUGCGGUAACACGGACUUUGCAGCGUUGGUGAGACAGUUAAAGGAGUGCCCCACUCUUCAGGACCAGGCCGACAUCCUCUACAUUCUCUACGUCAUGAAAGGAGCUGAUUGGGUGGUGGAGUUGUCAGACGCCGGGAUGGGUGGGCCGAGUGUGCGCUUGUUGUUGGAGGAGCUGUAUGUACAAGCUGGAGCCAGCAAAGAGUGGGGGCUUAUUCGAUACAUCUCUGGGAUACUGCGCAAGCGAGUGGAGGUCCUCGCUGAGGCUUGCACAGAUCUCAUUUCCCAUCACAAGCAGCUGACUGUAGGUCUGCCUCCAGAGCCCAGAGAACGAGUGAUAACGGCGCCACUUCCCCCUGAAGAGCUGAACACUCUAAUAUAUGAAGCCAGCGGUCAGGACAUCAGUGUGGCUGUUCUGACUCAGGAAAUCAUGGUCUAUCUGGCCAUGUAUGUGCGCUCCCAACCCGCUCUGUUUGGGGACAUGCUCCGACUCAGGAUUGGACUCAUCAUGCAGGUCAUGGCCACAGAGCUAGCUCGUAGCUUGCACUGUUCUGGUGAGGAGGCGUCUGAGAGUUUGAUGAGCCUGAGCCCCUUUGACAUGAAGAACCUGCUGCACCACAUCCUCAGUGGCAAAGAGUUUGGGGUGGAGAGAAGCAUGCGCCCCAUCCAGUCCACAGCCACGAGUCCUGCCAUCUCUAUCCAUGAACUGGGACACACAGGAGCAACAAAGACCGAACGCACUGGAAUACACAAGUUAAAGAGCGAGAUAAAACAGAUCAUCGGUGGCAGUCAUUCUUUGAGUAGCAAUGUGACCUCUCCUCGUUCCACGCGCUGCAGCAGUCCCUCCACUCCCAGUGGAAUCCUGUCCCCAGUGGGUCACAGUUCUGUAUACGGCCAGCUGCACUGGGAGGAAAGGCAAGGUCAGUGGCUGCGCAGACGGAGGCUGGAUGGAGCCAUCAACCGAGUCCCAAUGGGCUUCUACCAAAAAGUAUGGAGGAUCUUGCAGAAGUGCCAUGGGUUAUCCAUUGAUGGAUACGUUCUGCCCUCUUCUACCACAAGAGAGAUGACAGCUGGGGAGAUCAAGUUCGCUGUGCAGGUGGAGUCUGUUUUAAAUCACGUCCCUCAGCCGGAGUACCGGCAGCUGCUGGUGGAGACUGUGAUGGUUCUGGGCCUUGUGGCUGACGUAGAUGUGGACAACAUUGGUGGCAUCAUCCAUGUGGAUCGCAUUCUGCAUCUGGCCAACGAUCUUUUCCUCAAUGACCAGAAAUCCCACUGUGCCAGUGACUAUUUCCUGGAAAAGGAUCCAGCUACUGGAAUCUGCAACUUUUUUUAUGACAGCGCUCCGAGCGGCAGCUUUGGCACCAUGACUUAUCUGUCCAAGGCGGUAGUCACUUAUGUUCAAGACUUUCUGCCAAACUCUAGCUGUCUGAUGCAGUGAAAGAACAGCAUCUGCUGACACCGGCAAAGGUCUAAUCAUCAAAGGUAGCAAACGAUUCAUCAGCUCAUGUGGUACUCAUACAAUAAGUGGGAUAGAUGGAGUUGAUGCUAAACAGUUAUAUUCUCUUAGAUUUAUUCUGUAAGACCCGCCCCCCAUUACAGCAUUUAAAGCAAAGUUCCUCUAAUGAAGAAUUUUGUUUGCAUUAAAAACAUAGGACUAAUACAGUUAAUGCAUAAUGUUGCACAAAUCUUUUUUUUUAGUUUGCUACUGAAAGACAUCAGCCCUUAACUAGAUGGAUGACAUAUUUUUAAUAUUCAUGUGACUUCAUAUUAGUUUUAUUUAGAUGGACAUAAUUCAUGUUGGUAUUUGAGUUGUUCUCACUUAGAUCAAUAACUUAUUUUCUGCCAAUUUCACUGUUCUGUCGUUAAUUAUUUUAAUUUUAAGAACGAUUUCACAAUGAAAAGACUAAAUCACAAAUGUCUGUUUAUAUUAUUUUUAAAAAAAUACUUAGUGUUAUCUAUCAGAUGUGCACAAACUGUAUUUAAAUAUUAACAUGAGUAAUAUAUAAAUGGAUUCUAGGCUCUGAGAGCACUAAGAGUUUUACUAAUACUGCUAAAGCUAAAUGUUGCUUUUGUUUUUGUAAGUAUGUCUUCAGUUGUGAAUGCACUCGUAUGAAUCUGUGAGCAUUUGAAUGUCAAAAUUGGGUUUUUAACAGAUCUGAAGUCUUCAUUACCUCAAUAUGACAUGUUCAUUUGUUUAUGCUGAAGUUCUGCUUUAAUCCUUUAAUACCACAACAACAGACUUUUGCUGAAGAACAUUUUGACAAGAGAACUACAUUUUCUAUUUACAUGACACAUUCAAGUUUAGUAGCUUUGUCUUCAUGAGUCUGUAAUGAAGUGGAUCAACAAUGAAGUGUUGAUGGCAUCCAUGUGUCGUUCAGUUCUUCCUCAGGCGUCAUGCGCAUUAAAAAGGCAGCAUGUAUUUUUCAUCUGUAACCUCAUCAACUGUGAACCUAAAAUUAUGCAUUUGCUGUUGGACUGUCCUUUUUAAGUUCAAAUGAUUAAAUGUUAUAUGUGGAACUAAAUUUCUUCUGCUUAUUUUAUGAUUAAAAACUGAUUAUCUAGCUCUAAA